AUGGUGCCACAAUGGCUGUGGGGGACAUUGAAUGGUGUUACUGGUUUCAACGUUAGUGACUUCCACUCGGACGCGCUGUACCUUGCUUCGAUGCCCCACAAUGGAGAAAAACACGCAAAAGAAUUGGACAAACAAAGCCACAACCUCCUCGAAUGCCUCGUUAUGCAAAUCGAUACUAAGGGUUAUUUCGUAACCUCCCUUUAUAUGGUAAUCAAGGCCUUGUACCUCAUCAAUGUUUUUGCCCAAUUCUUCAUCAUCAAUGCCAUUAUCGGGGCUGGAUCACAGAUAUGGGGACUGGACGCCUUUUGGAAUAUGAUGAAAGGAGAGUCUUGGGAAGAACUAGGGCUUUUCCCUCGCGUUACUUUUUGUGACUAUGUGGUGCGCCACAUGGGAAAUACUCAAAGGAAUACGGUACAAUGUGUUUUAAUGCUGAAUAUGUUUAACGAAAAGAUCUAUAUGUUUUUGUGGUUCUGGCUAAUUUUUGUGAUGACAGUGAACAUCACCAGUUUCAUCACCAACUUCAAACUGUUAGGAUCGGAAAAGGAAAGAAUUCAGAUGUGUGAAGGAUGGAUCGAUUAUACUAAAAUCCCGGAGGAGCAUAGGAGAUUAAGCAACAAGUUUGUGAGGAAUAUGCUGAAAGCUGAUGGCGCCCUGCUAUUCCAUUUUAUUCAAAGCAAAGCUGGGACUGCUGUAACUAAAGAAUUGAUUACUGGAGUUUUUGAGAAUUAUUUGGAUAUGAUAAUUCCAAAAAUCGUCAAACCACUAACAAGCGAUGACUCCGGAAAUGAAAAAGAGGAAAAGAACGACGAUGUUAAGAGUAUCACUUCGGAAACUGAAGCCAACUCUUUGAUUCCAAAGACGCCCAUGGACCGUUUUGAAGUCCCAAAACCCGAUAUGGACCUCUCUGAUGUUGAAGAACCCUCCCUAGAUGUUAAGGGAAUGAAAAUCGAUCCAAUACUC